GCUUUCUGCGCACGCGCAUCUCGGUGCAUCUGUUGGGCGGGGCUGCGGGGCCUGUGACACCGCCCGCUGAGCUCUGUGAUGUAGCCGCUUGCGGAGACUGGAAGCAGGCGCGGCGCGCCCGGCCCGCCCUCUUCCGCUGCCGCUGUGGGAAUGGAAACAUCUGCCCCACGUGCCGGAAGCCAAGUGGUGGCGACAACUGAGCGCCACUCCGCGGCCUGCCGCGCAGAUCCUCUGCGUGUGUCCUCGCGAGACAAGCUCACCGAAAUGGCCGCGUCCACUCAAGGAAACUUUGACGGAAAUUUUGAGUCACUGGACCUUGCGGAAUUUGCUAAGAAGCAGCCAUGGUGGCGUAAGCUAUUCGGGCAGGAAUCUGGACCUUCAGCAGAAAAGUAUAGCGUGGCAACCCAGCUGUUCAUUGGAGGUGUCACUGGAUGGUGCACGGGUUUCAUAUUCCAGAAGGUUGGAAAGUUGGCUGCAACAGCUGUGGGAGGUGGAUUUUUUCUCCUUCAGCUUGCAAACCAUACUGGGUACAUCAAAGUUGACUGGCAACGAGUGGAGAAGGACAUGAAGAAAGCCAAAGAGCAGCUGAAGAUCCGUAAGAGCAAUCAGAUACCUACUGAGGUCAGGAGCAAAGCUGAGGAGGUGGUGUCAUUUGUGAAGAAGAAUGUUCUAGUGACUGGGGGAUUUUUCGGAGGCUUUCUGCUUGGCAUGGCAUCCUAAGGAAGAUGACUUCAUGUUCAUUGUUCCUGUUUUUUUCCAGCCAGCAACCUCUACACUCCAUCAUAGGACAUCGAGUCCCUCCUCCUCUUCUCCUUCCUCCCUGCCAUGGCAAAUCCGAGUGGCUUCUAUAAGCGUCUGCUGGUACAAGUUAAUGUGGCACCAUGAGCCUGAUGGUGGCAGAAGAGACAAUAGUCCUUAGCUCUCCUCCCAGUACACCCCCUACUUGGUCAGUCUGUAGGUCAACAAGAAAGUUCCUUUACCCCCAUGCAAGACACUUAUGAGAACACGUUGCAAGAUGGCUGACUGUGGAGGAUGAGUAGAUCCUGAAAGGUUGUCCCGAACUGUUGAUUUGGAAAAGAAAUAAGCACAUAGAUAACCUUAUUGUGUGCUGCAUGGAAAGGAACUGAAUACAUUUGCCUUUAAGCAUGAAAGA